AUGUCUGAUUUUGAAGAAGAUGAUUUUGUGAAUGACCUGGAUAAUGACUUUGGGGAGAUCUCUGAUGUAGAGGAGGAUGAUGUCAAAGAAAUCGAAGAUGAAAUAAUGAACCCACCAGAUAGCACAGAACAGGAUGAGAAUAAAGAAGAUAAAUCUACCAUCUUGGAAGUAAUAGAGAGUUUAAAGAUGCGUAUCCACAACUACACACCAUUCAAUAUAUCUGAUAAGGAUAUCGAGAGUAUAGAACCACAUGAGCUUUCGUCGAUUCUACCUAUGAGUUCCAGACUCAAGAGGCUAAUAACGGAGAAAGAUACUAAGUUAGACGACAUUCACGUAUUGUUGAAUGAAAUUUCUCCAUUAAUAACGAAUGAUAUUAGAUUAUUAAGAAAGUACAUAAACGUGAUAUAUUUCAAGAGAUUUGAUGAACUUGAGACAAUACUAUCUUCAGAUAAACAAUAUGCGAAAGUAGUAAAAUUAUUGGAACAAUUAGAUACUCGAAGUAUCAGCGAUACCGAGUUAUCUCAUCGAUUGCUAACUUCAUGCGAAUUGAGUAAAGAACAAAAUUUGGUAGUUUUAAUGUCGAUGAAGACAUCUUUCAAUUACAGUAUCGAGCUUACCGAAAAGUUACAGAGCAAUCUACUUCAAGCUAGCGAUAAUAUUUUAUCCCUAAUUGAUUUACAACAAAAUAUAUCGAACUUCAUAUCAUCAAAGAUCGAAUUGUUGGCACCUAAUGUAUCAGCAUUAGUAGGUCCCAAAGUAACCUCUUUACUAGUGGCUUAUGCAGGUGGUAUUCUUGGAUUAAGUAAGAUUCCAAGUUGUAAUUUAGCAUCAAUAGGAAAAAACAAACAUAUAAGUUACGAACAACAUACAACUACUAGUGGUAUAAGACAAAAUGGCUAUAUCAGUUCAACAGAAAUUAUUCAAAAUUUACCAAUAGUAUACCAUAAACAAAUGUUAAGAAUGGUAUGUGCCAAGAUAUCACUUGCAUCUAGGAUAGAUUGCAGCCAAAGAGGUGAUGAUAAGAACAAUACAAUGGGGUUAAAAUGGAAGGAAGAAAUAGAAAAUAAGAUCAAAAAACUGCAUGAAUCUCCGAAUGUAACAGAUGAUAAAGCAUUACCAAUACCAGAAGACAAACCUAAAAAGAAACGUGCCGGUAGGAAAUUUAGAAAAUACAAGGAACAAUUCAAAUUAUCUCGUGCAAGACAACUUCAAAACCGUAUGGAAUUUGGCAAACAAGAAACUACAGUGAUGGAUUCAUUUGGUGAAGAAGUAGGUCUGGGUAUGAUGAAUACACCUAUGCAACAGACUACAGGAGCCUCUCGAGAUGCGGACAGAGGAAGGGUAACAAAGUUAAGCAAAAACAUGAAGAAAAGGGUAAACGAAGCUGACGAACAAACCAGAGAAUUUAUGUUAACACUAACUGGAGAUACAAAUUAA